GAGAGAGAAGGGUGGGAGGGCACAAGGAGCCAAAAGCGCAUAGCUGAAACCGAUCCCAAAUCAGAAAUCAGCCAUCGCCCAAGGAGUCGCCGUUGACAUGAUCCUUUCUUCAUCAGAAAACCACCACCUGUACCUCUAACCGCAAUGGAAGGUGGGUCUCCGGACCAAGAAUCAAUAGGGUCUGGGACAAAGAGGUCUACUGUAUCUUCUGGGAGUAGGUCUCGUAAACGCAAGGAAUUUCUUUAUAGGUUUGUGGACAGUGACAGACUCAUUGUAAACCUUGAACAGUGGUUUGAAUCUGUAUGCAAUAAUUUAGGAACACAGAAACCUGCCUUCAGUGAGCCUUUUGAGUUGAUAGAGCUUCAAAAGUUUGAGUAUGCAUUAGAAGGGAUUUCAUUUCAGCAGUUGAUUAGGAUGCCCAGUGCUGUUCAUGCUUCAACUUCUGGUGUGGUGGAAGCAACUGCUUAUCUUGCCAUUGAAGAUUUUUUACAUGCCAGUGUUAAGGGCUUGUGGGAAGCAUUCUGGAGUCAUGAUGAGCCCAUGCCCUUCUCUGUUGCUUGUCUGUACAAUGAGAACUUCAGAUUCUAUCAAGCUGAGAAUGCAGUUGCUGAGGGUAAGCUUGGAAGUCUUUGUGCUACUGGUAUAUUACUAACAAACCCUAGACAUCCGCAUGGGAAGUGGGAUCAUAUUCUUGAGUUGGCUCUCUUAAGGCCUGAUAUUGGAGGCUUUGUUGUAAAUGGUGAUGGGCAGCCUUUGCUCUCUGUUAUUGGUGAGGCCCUUUUCUAUGCUAUCCGAGUACUAAUAUCAAGAAGCUUUAGUCGAAGGAAAUAUUGUCAGACUGCAGACUCUGUUUUUGUUCUUUUAGUUGAUUCUCAGUAUGGUGGGGUUGUAAAGGUUGAAGGAGAUGUAAAUAAGUUGGAGUUUGAUGUUGAUAAUGUAUAUGAUUGUGCUGCUGAAUGGAUUCAAAAUCAUUCUACGGUUACAGUCUCUUCAAUUGACAGGAUUUGGAACAAGCUUGGAAAUGCCAACUGGGGAGAUAUUGGUGCGUUACAGAUACUUUUUGCUACCUUCCACUGUAUCACUCAAUUUGCUGGAUUUCCCAAGCACUCAGUAGAGGAUUUAGCUGCAGAUCAUGGUUCUCGUCUCCAAACAAGAAGAGCUGAGAGGCAGUUGGGGAAUACUGAGAUGAAUGGGAAUAAUCUAUUUCGGUUUCAGCAGCGCAGUGUUUCCCCUGAAAUUGUUGAAGUUCAGGAUGAUUCCGUCAAAAUUGAGUCUGAACAGUUAUUGAAGCUAGAAGUAGGAUCUGUAUUGUGGUUGGAGGAUUCUAACCGGCAGAAAGGUUACCAGAUCAAUGAAGUUAUGAUUAGCAGUGAACAUCCAUAUUACAUUGCAUCUCCAGUGGAAGAUCCUCAGAAAAUUUUGUUUCUAUAUGUUGGCUCUCAUCCGUCCCAGCUCGAGCCUGCGUGGGAGGAUAUGAAUAUCUGGUAUCAAGUUCAGAGGCAGACUAAAAUACUGACUAUUAUGAAACAGAAAGGCCUAUCUAGCAAGUAUCUACCCCAGUUGAGUGCAUCUGGCAGGAUUAUUCACCCUGGUCAAUGUCAGAGACCCAGCUCGGGUGGAAAUUGUGAUCACCCUUGGUGUGGCACCUCGAUCCUUGUGACAAGCCCAGUCGGUGAAACAGUAGCUGAUUUGAUAGAUCAGGGUAGAUUUGGUGCGGAGGCGGCUAUUAGGUGUUGCCAUGAUUGCUUAUCUGCACUUUCAACUGCUGCUUGUGCAGGAAUUCGGCAUGGAGACAUCAGGCCAGAGAAUGUGAUUUGUGUCAGGUCUGCUGGAAGACAUCCGUUUUUUGUUCUCAUUGGCUGGGGACGUGCUAUUCUUGAAGAUAGGGACCGCCCUGCAAUGAACCUUCAUUUCUCUUCAACCUACGCUCUCCAGGAGGGAAAAUUAUGCUCAGCUUCAGAUGCUGAGAGCCUUGUUUAUAUGCUUUAUAUUUCUUGCGGUGGGGUUUUACCUGAUCUUGAUUCAGUUGAAGGGGCACUGCAGUGGAGAGAGACUUCAUGGUCUAGGAGACUAAUUCAACAGAAGUUAGGCGAAGCCUCAACUGUGUUGAAAGCAUUUUCUGAUUAUGUUGAUAGUCUAUGUGGGACACCAUAUCUCAUGGAUUAUGAUAUAUGGUUAAGAAGGAUGAGGAGAAAUAUUAAUGAGGAAAAUGGAAAGGAGAUUGAUAUAACAGGCUAAGUUAUUUUUCUGAGGAGCCAUUGUAUUUGUAAGCUGAUGCCAAUUUUAUGCAACCUUCUGGAAUCUAUUACUUGGGAGGGAAUAUUGGUUAAAAAAGUUAAAGAUUGAUCUGGCUGCCUCCCGCGAGAGAUUCAAGGGUUUGCGGUGGUGUUUCAUGAUUGGCUUACGGGAUCUGCAGAGAUGAGCGAUGUUUUGCAAACUUUUUAUACCUCCAUGGUGUAUGCGAGGAUCCAAUGGAGCUGAAGGAUAAAAAUUAUUUGGACGUAUUUGCACUCUGCAUGCAGUUCCUUAGCACAACAGGAGAUUGAAAUCAGUUUUUCCUUCCAAUUCUGCUGAAGAAUAUAUGCUGUAUUUAUUACCAUUCCUUGUAAAGACGUACCAUCCAAAGUUACCCUCAAGCUUGUGCAACUGGUACGUAUGGAUGGGAUUUAAAAGAGUCGAUUGUCUAUAGGCUCCCCAUCCUAUUUCCGAAAGUGUUUGCGUGCAAAUUUAACAAGCACUGUCUGCCCUCUUUUUGAUUGAUUUCCUAUAUUGCACAGGUCUUCCACUAUUGAGAUGAAUCAUUAC